CAUUCGAAUACGUCACUUCCUCUUUCACACACGCUGCCAUCAUGGGUCGUAUGCACAAUCCCGGAAAGGGUAUUUCCCAGUCAGCUCUACCAUACCGUAGAUCAGUACCAACAUGGCUGAAAUUGACGUCUGAGGAUGUUGAGGAACAAAUUAUGAAGCUGGCAAAGAAAGGAUUAACUCCAUCACAGAUUGGUGUAAUCCUUCGUGACUCCCAUGGUGUGGCCCAAGUACGCUUUGUCACAGGAAACAAGAUCCUGAGGAUUCUGAAGAAGAAGGGCAUGGCUCCUGAUCUUCCUGAGGAUCUGUACCACCUCAUCAAGAAGGCUGUCAACAUCAGAAAACACAUGGAGAGGAACAGGAAGGACAGAGAUUCCAAAUUCCGUUUGAUUCUGGUAGAGAGCAGAAUUCACAGAUUGGCUAGAUAUUACAAAACAAAGAAAGUUUUGCCACCAAACUGGAAAUAUGAGUCUGCCACUGCCGCUGCUAUGGUUCAGUAAUGUGAUAUAAUAAAUCUGAGACAGUC